AACCCUGCUGUCAAAACCUCAGUGCCAUUCGCUGUUGAAGUUACACAGUGAAGUUAGCGUCUCUGCACCUGUCUGUGGCACAACUUGAAGCUAACCAUGGCAGGGAAGAGGGCGUUAGUAAUCCUGUCUAAAGGUGCAGAGGAGAUGGAGACGGUUAUUCCAGUGGACAUCAUGCGCAGAGCCGGGAUUGCGGUGACGGUUGCAGGCCUGACGGGCACAGAGCCAGUUCAAUGCAGCAGAAACGUCGUCAUCUGUCCUGAUGCGAGUCUGGAGGAAGCCAGCAAACAGGGCCCGUAUGAUGUGGUGCUUCUGCCAGGAGGAAUGCCAGGAGCCCAGAAUCUGGCAGAGUCUCCUGCUGUGAAGGAGGUGCUGAAGGAUCAAGACGGCAGAAAAGGCCUGAUUGCAGCCAUCUGUGCAGGUCCUAUUGCUCUUCUGGCAAAUGGCAUCGGCUACGGCAGCACAGUCACUACACAUCCUGGCAUGAAGGAGAAGAUGAUGGCUGGAGACCACUAUAAAUAUUCAGAGGCUCGAGUACAGAAGGAUGGACAUUACAUCACCAGCCGUGGGCCAGGAACCAGUUUCGAGUUUGCCCUGACGAUUGUAGAGGAACUUAUGGGGGCUGAGGUUGCAGCUCAAGUCAAGGCUCCUCUUAUUAUGAAAGAGUGACUGUAGCCCUGUCCACUGACAGUUCUGCAAGCAGCACUGCCCCGCUGUACAAGUCUGGCAUUACUGCGACAGCUAAUCCAAUGUAGCUGGCACCGAGAGUCAAAGUCACCAGUGACAAAUCGUCCUUUCCCGAGGGACACAACUCUGUUUCUGUUCUGACAGGUUAUUGUCUUCCUUCGUCUCUUAGUAGCCAACGAAAGGCACCUUGUGUUGUCUGGACACUGGAAUAAAACAUGAAUAAUCACUGCACGUGCUCCCCGGAUAAGAUUCAUUGUAGUUUGUUGCCCAAAUUGCUUCAUUAUUUUCACAGCUUGUAUUGUGUCACUUGUCAUUAAAACAUGAGUGUGAUGAA